AUGGAGGAAUAUGAGAAAUUCUGCAAGAAGCACCUGGCUAGGAUUCAAGGAGAGUUUAUGGAGAACAGAAUGCCUUCUGUUGUUCAGCCCACAAAUGUAUCCCUUAUUCGAUUUAAUGGGGUCCCCGUGCUUUCUCCUCUGCUGACUCUGGAGAAAAAGAAAGAACUUCAGCAAGACAGACAGAAAGCUCUGGAUCUAGAACGCUGGCGACAGAAUUCCAAGCAGAGGAUUUUGCUGACCCGCGUUGAAGAAAUAGUGGCCACCGUACAGAUGAAAAAGAUGUCCAGCCAAAACGAUUUAGAUCAGUCUGAGAAAGAGAAUAUUCAGUUGGAUUUAGAAUCAGAAAUAUUGAACGACUCUGCAACAGAACUGUGCAGCGUUUUGCCAAAUUCUACUGCUUUAGAGCCUAAACAGACCCCAGAUAUUAAGCCAAUAGAUACACAGGUUGCAUCAAACAGGAAUUCUUUUGAAGGAACAGAACAAUUUAUCCCUCCUAAUCCCACGGAAACUUCGAGUAAUCGUUCAGAAGAGAGAAUUGGCUCAGAAGGUCCGUUUUCCAGGCUUCCAGGCACCUCUCCUUCAAACGAGAUUACCAAGAAGAUGGAUUCCAUUGACCCUGGGCUAGGUGCUGGGGAAGCUCCCGACCCAUACGUCAUGAGCCUUCAGAACCUCUUAAAAAAAUCCAGGGAGUACAUUCAGCGAGAACAAACACGACGCAGCCUGCGAAGCAGUUCCAAGAGGAACAGCACCGGAAGCCACCCGGAUAAAGAAAACAGCGCCGUUAAAAUGAACGAGUUGGGGAAAGAGAGAGGAAAAUUGACAGGCAGGAAUACUCCAGUUCCAUCCCUGGAGAAAUCCAGCCUUAUCAAGCCCGGUGUUCCUCAACCUUCCUCGAUCUCAAAAAAUCUAUCCAGUGGUGCAGCCUCGCCCAGUUUUUCUAAAGUCGAUAUCCCGAUGAGAUCCGGAACGCCUCCCGUUUUGGACUCGGAUUCGGAGGAAGAAUUCAAAAAGGUCUCUCUCUUCGGAAAGGACAGCGUUCUCCGGAGCUUCACCGGGUCUUACUCGAAACUUCCCAGUCCUGAGCCAAGUCUGAGCCCCAAGAUGCACAGGAGACGCCCCAGGCCCUCUUCCGUCGGCCACAUUGUCAUCACCAACCCCGUGAACGCCUCCGAGUUGAGUCCCCAAGGAAAGGGAAGGGCUGCGGACGUGAUCGUUCAGGAUGCCAGAGAGAGGCCGACGGCCUCCGAUCCCGUGCCAAAUCUCUCUGCGGAUCUCGUCCCCGUGUGUCCCCGCAAAGCUCAGGCGGCGGACAACAACUCUUCAGAUACCUUCAAUGAUGAAGUGUGUCAGCUUCCAGCCCAUCAGCAAGAAGGUGGAAGCUUCCUGGCCCAUCCCACAAUAGAGGGAGGACCGACAUUAGAAAAUAGAGCCGCAUCAAGCAGCUGCCUUGCAAAUCUCAGCCCCCAGGAGCUGCAGGAUGUGAGCCGUGCCCUGUUGACCCAGAAGCCAGCCAGGAUUGAGAGGUUGCCGGACAAGGUCAAGGGCAGCGUGGCCACGGAACUCAACAAAUCCUACGACGUGGCGCGCCCAUCGCCCUUGCUGAUGCAGAUGCAGGGUAAGCCGCCUCUGGAUACCCCGGAAGCGACUCUUGGAAAGGAGCACCUUUUGGAGAAUGGGUUGGAAAAAGUGAAACGGAGACUCGAGCUGGAGGGGGAUGCAGUGCAGAAGGAAAACACGCCGUGGGUCGCGUCUGCGGAAAUGGACGUGCCGGAGAGGCGACGGCCGCACGAUCAGAGGUAUCCGGGCAGAGCUGCACUUGAGGUCAAGAACAAAACGCCAGCGCCAUGUCUCGGAGAAGAGGAAGCAUUAAGGCAGAAGAUGCAGGCCCUUGCAGAGCUGAGGCAAAAGCUGGAAGAGCAACAUGCCCAGCAGUUGUCGUUGUUGAUAGCAGAGCAGGAGCGGGAACAGGAGAGGCUCCAGAAGGAGAUCGAAGAUCAGGCCCGGAGAUUAAAAGAGGACAAAAACACAACUCCAAGUGGGAUUCCUCCAAUGAAUAUUGGCAGUGGUGUAGCCCUGGAGUGGAGAAAAAUCACGGAUACUAAUCUGUUGGAGUCUGUGCUGAAUCAAGUGGAGGCUGUCCAUAGCACCAACCUGGAGAAUGAGGGUUUUGGGAACACUGGGUCUCCAUUCUACCUCUGGGAUCAGCCAGCAAGUGGAAAACCGGUUUUGGUAUCCAGGUCUAUUAGCCGGAGUAAAAUGAGGUGGUCUCAGGUGUACAGUCCUGCCAUGAAAAGGAAAUUCAACAAGAUCUCUGCUCUAGCCAAGGGAUUUUUAACCAGAAGACUUUUGCAAACAGAGAAGCUGAAGCAUCUUAGACAAACAGUCCACGAUACCAUGGAGUUCAUCAAAAACUUCCAAUCCGAAGCGCUGUCGAAGAGAGGGAAUCUCCCAGCUCAAGAUGCCAAUCUCCAAGAAAGAGUGGUCGCGCAGCUGCAGGCGGCACUGUACGAUAUUCACGAUAUUUUCUUCAAAAUGGAAGCGUCAGAAAGGAUGAGCAUCUUGCGUCAAGAUCGAGAAAUCCGCAAAGAGAAAAUGCUUCGGCAGCUGGAUAAAGCCAAGUCCCCAAGAGUGACACUUUCUACAGCUACGCAGAAGUCUCUUGAUAGAAAGAAGUAUAUAAAGGCUGCUGAAAUGGGAAUCCCAAAUAAAAAAGCAAUUGGGAAGCAAAAGAUUUUCGAAAACAGAGUUCUUCAGCCCAACCAAGGUCAAAAUGCUCCUAUCCAAAGGCUGCUGUCCAGACAAGGAACCUCUAAGGCCUCAGUGAAAAGGGCUGAGCAAAAUAGAAAGAAGCCCUCAGACAGCAGAGUGCCUAGCAAGGCCUCUUCAGGAGUAUCUGCAGGAAGAAUCCCAAGAAAGAAGCCAAGUGUUGUGACAACCUAAGAAGGCAGCAUUCCCUAGGCUAGGAAGUGGUGUAGCGUUGUCCUUCAACGUUCUCCAGAUGUUUCUUCCAAAAUGCAGGUCAAUG